CUUGAGUGUUCGACAAAAAGGCAUGAAACCCUAAAAAGACUCGCUCUUUCAAUGCCUAUGAGGACUUCUCUUUUUAUUUUGUGAGUAAGUCCAUCGGGGCUAUCAAGCUACGUCCACUCCAGUUUUGCUAUCAAGCCUAUUGAAAUGAAACUAGCAAUGUACUUUGCAAAGAACUCUGUGAUCCUCAAGAGACUUGUUAUUCGUUUGAAAGGUUCCAUUGAAGAAGACAAUCACGCUGUGUUAAGGGAUCUUCUUAGAUUGCCAAGGCGCUCUGGCAUAUGUGAAAUCGAGGUUGUUGGACCGUGAAGAUGACUUUUAAGUUUUCCUGUGAUCAGAAUUUAGAUUGGAUUAAAAUCAAAAACAGUUUGGACUUGGAUUUUGAUUUUGUUGAAAUCUGUUAUUUAUGUUUUUUUUUUUUGGAUUUGGACUCUAAAGAGUUCCUAGAUUACAAUGCCUUUGUGGGUUAUAUAUAUGAACAAGUUCCUAGAUUCUAUAGGGAAGAAAAAAUAUGCUUGGACAAGCUAAGUAUUCUAAAGGAUGUGAAUGACAAGUCUUGUGUCACGCGUUGGAUAGAUUUUGUGGCUACGCCUAAACUUAAGGAUCUUGAUGUUGAGUUUGGUCCUCUGAAGCGUGAGUGUUUGGAAGUGAUGCCUGUAAGCCUCUAUAUCUGUCAGACACUCCUUUACUUAAGACUCCAUCGGUAUUGUUUGGUAGUUUCGAGUUUGUUUCAUUACCUCGUCUCAGGACUAGAUGGAUUCCUCUCGUUCGCACCUCAGUUUUUGCUGUCAUCGCUCGAGUUUGUAGAGAUAAAAAGCAUACACCAUUGUCAUCUUUGUGAGAAGAAACUUGCCUUGUGUACUUUGCAGAAAACUCUGCAAUCCUCAAGAAAUUUGUUCUGUGUUCGAGCGGUCCCAUUCGAGAAGAAGAUUUACUCGCAUUUCCGUGGCUAUCUAGCACAUGUCAAAUUGUCUAUGUUGCUGACCUUCAAAAUGACUUGUAGGUGGUUCUUACUAUGA